AUGAGAGAAAGAGGCAAGUCUGUUGAGGAAUCCAGUGGGAAUAACUAUCCAGAUUUUUAUGCAUAUUCUUUCCCAUGUAAAAAACACCCGUCUUCUACUUCAGUUGGAAUAUGUCCCUACUGUCUUAAAGAAAGGCUGAUCAAGUUGGUUUGUUCAGAUUGUGGUGAACAAAGGCUGUCUUCAUGUUCUUGCUCUGAUGUUUCAUCCUACAGAAAUUCUUGUAGUACUAUGGAGAUUGGAAGUGUUGGCAGAAUCUCAUUUCUGAUUGAAAAUGAGAAGACUGAUCAGCUCAAAGCUGAAAAAUCUGAUGAUGAAGUUAUCAUGUUGAAGAGGAGUAAUAGUACUUGUACUGAAGUCAAGAGGAGCCAUAAGUUCUGGAAGUUCGGGAAAUUGUUUAGGAAGAAAAGGGAGAAACAGAGUGGUGUGUGUGAGAAAAGUGAUAUGUGUGUGUCUGAUUAUAUGGGUGUUUCUAGAUCAAGAUCUCUGUGUAGUUUCAGAGGGAAUCAUUUCUUGCAUGACCCUGAUCAUGAAAGCAGUGAUUUUGCAUUUUCAAGUGCUAAAAUUUCUGAUUUCAAUGAGUCUGAGCCCAGAAGAAGUGGUUUCAGCAAAGGCCUAAUGGAUGUCGAAAGCGCGAAAAUUUCGGACUUUUCUGAGCCUAGAAAGAGUGGAUUCAGUAGAGGAUUGUUGGAGCCUGAGGACUUCAACUUGAAGAAGUGUGUGUUUCCUGAGAGUGAGUUUAGUGGUAUGGAUGAUUCAAGGUUUAUUGACUUGAAGCUUGAUUUAUCAUCCUCAUCCGAGCCCAAAACAGAGGCGAAAACAGAGUACUCUGUUUCUAAGAUGAGUGAAUUUCCGAUUUCGAGUUCAGAUAACGGAAGAAAGUUUGGGAAUUUGAAGGAGAACAAGAUGGCUGGACAUGGAGGAUCAUGCAGAAUUACAGUGAAUGAGAAGAGGAUUAACAAGGGGAGUAAAGGGCAGAAGGUUUGGAGAUGGAUUUUCAGUCAUCAUCAUCAUGGUUGGAGAAGUGCAAGUAAGAAAGAUGGGAAUCAAAUCUUGAAGAUCUGA